AGGGGCCCUUGGGAUCCCCUAUCAUUAGUCCCUCUCACAGAAGCAUACCCUUCUCCAGAGCUAAAGGAUCAGAUAUUCAGCGGCUCAGGAGAGAAUAACCAGAACUCACCUCCGGUACCAGUGUUCACCUGGAAACAUGGCUCUGAGCCUCUGGCCCCUGCUGCUGCUGCUGCUGCUGCUGUCCUUUGCAGUGACUCUGGCCCCUACUGGGCCUCAUUCCCUGGACCCUGGUCUCUCCUUCCUGAAGUCAUUGCUCUCCACUCUGGACCAGGCUCCCCAGGGCUCCCUGAGCCGCUCACGGUUCUCUACAUUCCUGGCCAACAUUUCUUCUUCCUUUGAGCCUGGGAGAAUGGGGGAAGGACCAGUAGGAGAGCCCCCACCUCUCCAGCCGCCUGCUCUCCGGCUCCAUGAUUUUCUAGUGACACUGAGAGGUAGCCCAGACUGGGAGCCAAUGCUAGGGCUGCUAGGGGAUAUGCUGGCACUGCUGGGACAGGAGCAGACUCCCCGAGAUUUCCUGGUGCACCAGGCAGGGGUGCUGGGUGGACUUGUGGAGGUGCUGCUGGGAGCCUUAGUUCCUGGGGGCCCCCCUACCCCAACUCGGCCCCCGUGCACCCGUGAUGGGCCGUCUGACUGUGUCCUGGCUGCUGACUGGUUGCCUUCUCUGCUGCUGUUGUUAGAGGGCACACGCUGGCAAGCUCUGGUGCAGGUGCAGCCCAGUGUGGACCCCACCAAUGCCACAGGCCUCGAUGGGAGGGAGGCAGCUCCUCACUUUUUGCACGGUCUGUUGGGUUUGCUUACCCCAACAGGGGAGCUAGGCUCCAAGGAGGCUCUUUGGGGCGGUCUGCUACGCACAGUGGGGGCCCCCCUCUAUGCUGCCUUUCAGGAGGGGCUGCUCCGUGUCACUCACUCCCUGCAGGAUGAGGUCUUCUCCAUUUUGGGGCAGCCAGAGCCUGAUACCAAUGGGCAGUGCCAGGGAGGUAACCUUCAACAGCUGCUCUUAUGGGGCGUCCGGCACAACCUUUCCUGGGAUGUCCAGGCGCUGGGCUUUCUGUCUGGAUCACCACCCCCACCCCCUGCCCUCCUUCACUGCCUGAGCACGGGCGUGCCUCUGCCCAGAGCUUCUCAGCCGUCAGCCCACAUCAGCCCACGCCAACGGCGAGCCAUCACUGUGGAGGCCCUCUGUGAGAACCACUUAGGCCCAGCACCACCGUACAGCAUUUCCAACUUCUCCAUCCACUUGCUCUGCCAGCACACCAAGCCUGCCACUCCACAGCCCCAUCCCAGCACCACUGCCAUCUGCCAGACAGCUGUGUGGUAUGCAGUGUCCUGGGCACCAGGUGCCCAAGGCUGGCUACAGGCCUGCCAUGACCAGUUUCCUGAUGAGUUUUUGGAUGCGAUCUGCAGUAACCUCUCCUUUUCAGCCCUGUCUGGCUCCAACCGCCGCCUGGUGAAGCGGCUCUGUGCUGGCCUGCUCCCACCCCCUACCAGCUGCCCUGAAGGCCUGCCCCCUGUUCCCCUCACCCCAGACAUCUUUUGGGGCUGCUUCUUGGAGAAUGAGACUCUGUGGGCUGAGCGACUGUGUGGGGAGGCAAGUCUACAGGCUGUGCCCCCCAGCAACCAGGCUUGGGUCCAGCAUGUGUGCCAGGGCCCCACCCCAGAUGUCACUGCCUCCCCACCAUGCCACAUUGGACCCUGUGGGGAACGCUGCCCGGAUGGGGGCAGCUUCCUGGUGAUGGUCUGUGCCAAUGACACCAUGUAUGAGGUCCUGGUGCCCUUCUGGCCUUGGCUAGCAGGCCAAUGCAGGAUAAGUCGUGGGGGCAAUGACACUUGCUUCCUAGAAGGGCUGCUGGGCCCCCUUCUGCCCUCUCUGCCACCACUGGGACCAUCCCCACUCUGUCUGACCCCUGGCCCCUUCCUCCUUGGUAUGCUAUCUCAGUUGCCACGCUGUCAGUCCUCUGUCCCAGCCCUUGCUCACCCCACACGCCUACACUAUCUCCUCCGCCUGCUGACCUUCCUCUUGGGUCCAGGGGCUGGGGGCGCUGAGGCCCAGGGGAUGCUGGGUCGGGCCCUACUGCUCUCCAGUCUCCCAGACAACUGCUCCUUCUGGGAUGCCUUUCGCCCAGAGGGCCGGCGCAGUGUGCUACGGACGAUUGGGGAAUACCUGGAACAAGAUGAGGAGCAGCCAACCCCAUCAGGCUUUGAACCCACUGUCAACCCCAGCUCUGGUAUAAGCAAGAUGGAGCUGCUGGCCUGCUUUAGUCCUGUGCUGUGGGAUCUGCUCCAGAGGGAAAAGAGUGUUUGGGCCCUGCAGAUUCUAGUGCAGGCGUACCUGCAUAUGCCCCCAGAAAACCUCCAGCAGCUGGUGCUUUCAGCAGAGAGGGAGGCUGCACAGGGCUUCCUGACACUCAUGCUGCAGGGGAAGCUGCAGGGGAAGCUGCAGGUACCACCAUCCGAGGAGCAGGCCCUGGGUCGCCUGACAGCCCUGCUGCUCCAGCGGUACCCACGCCUCACCUCCCAGCUCUUCAUUGACCUGUCACCACUCAUCCCUUUCUUGGCUGUCUCUGACCUGAUGCGCUUCCCACCAUCCCUGUUAGCCAACGACAGUGUACAGCAGGGCUACAGAGGGUCAGAGGAAAACAGUUUGGAGGAAGACAAAGGGUUAAGACCCAUGACUCCUCGCAGCCUGGCUGCCAUCCGGGAUUACAGCCCAGGAAUGAGGCCUGAACAGAAGGAGGCUCUGGCAAAGCGACUGCUGGCCCCUGAACUGUUUGGGGAAGUGCCUGCCUGGCCCCAGGAGCUGCUGUGGGCAGUGCUGCCCCUGCUCCCCCACCUCCCUCUGGAGAACUUUCUGCAGCUCAGCCCUCACCAGAUCCAGGCCCUGGAGGAUAGCUGGCCAGCAGCAGGUCUGGGGCCAGGGCAUGCCCGCCAUGUGCUGCGCAGCCUGGUAAACCAGAGUGUCCAGGAUGGUGAGGAGCAGGUACGCAGGCUUGGGCCCCUCGCCUGUUUCCUGAGCCCUGAGGAGCUGCAGAGCCUAGUGCCCCUGAGUGAUCCAACGGGGCCAGUAGAACGGGGGCUGCUGGAAUGUGCAGCCAAUGGGACCCUCAGCCCAGAAGGACGGGUGGCAUAUGAACUUCUGGGUGUGUUGCGCUCAUCUGGAGGAGCGGUGCUGAGCCCCCAGGAGCUGCGGGUCUGGGCCCCUCUCUUCCCUCAGCUGGGCCUCCGCUUCCUGCAGGAGCUAUCAGAGCCCCAGCUUAGAGCCAUGCUUCCUGUCCUGCAGGGAACUAGUGUUACACCUGCUCAGGCUGUCCUGCUGCUUGGACGGCUCCUUCCUAGGCACGAUCUAUCCCUGGAGGAACUCUGCUCCUUGCACCUUCUGCUACCAGGCCUCAGCCCCCAGACACUCCAGGCCAUCCCUAGGCGAGUCCUGGUCGGGGCUUGUUCCUGCCUGGCCCCUGAACUGUCACGCCUCUCAGCCUGCCAGACCGCAGCACUGCUGCAGACCUUUCGGGUUAAAGAUGGUGUUAAAAAUAUGGGUACAACAGGUGCUGGUCCAGCUGUGUGUAUCCCUGGUCAGCCUAUUCCCACCACCUGGCCAGACUGCCUGCUUCCCCUGCUCCCAUUAAAGCUGCUACAACUGGAUUCCUCGGCUCUUCUGGCAAAUCGAAGACGCUACUGGGAGCUGCCCUGGUCUGAGCAGCAGGCACAGUUUCUCUGGAAGAAGAUGCAAGUACCCACCAACCUGACCCUCAGGAAUCUGCAGGCUCUGGGCACCCUGGCAGGAGGCAUGUCCUGUGAGUUUCUGCAGCAGAUCAACUCCAUGGUAGACUUCCUUGAAGUGGUGCACAUGAUCUAUCAGCUGCCCACUAGAGUUCGAGGGAGCCUGAGGGCCUGUAUCUGGGCAGAGCUACAGCGGAGGACGGCAAUGCCAGAACCAGAAUGGACAACUGUAGGGCCAGAACUGAACGGGCUGGAUAGCAAGCUACUCCUGGACUUACCGAUCCAGUUGAUGGACAGACUAUCCAAUGAAUCCAUUAUGUUGGUGGUGGAGCUGGUGCAAAGAGCUCCAGAGCAGCUGCUGGCACUGACCCCACUCCACCAGGCAGCCCUGGCAGAGAGGGCACUACAAAACCUGGCUCUAAAGGAGACUCCAGUUUCAGGGGAAGUGCUGGAGACCUUAGGCCCUUUGGUUGGAUUCCUGGGGACAGAGAGCACACGACAGAUCCCCCUACAGAUCCUGCUGUCCCAUCUCAGUCAGCUGCAAGGCUUCUGCCUAGGAGAGACAUUUGCCACAGAGCUGGGAUGGCUGCUAUUGCAGGAGUCUGUUCUUGGGAAACCAGAGUUGUGGAGCCAGGAUGAAGUAGAGCAAGCUGGACGCCUAGUAUUCACUCUGUCUACUGAGGCAAUUUCCUUGAUCCCCAGGGAGGCCUUGGGUCCAGAGACCCUGGAGCGGCUUCUAGAAAAGCAGCAGAGUUGGGAGCAGAGCAGAGUUGGACAGCUGUGUAGGGGGCCACAGCUUGCUGCCAAGAAAGCAGCCCUGGUAGCAGGGGUGGUGCGACCAGCUGCUGAGGAUCUUCCAGAACCUGUGCCAAAUUGUGCAGAUGUACGAGGGACAUUCCCAGCAGCCUGGUCUGCAACCCAGAUUGCAGAGAUGGAGCUCUCAGACUUUGAGGACUGCCUGACAUUAUUUGCAGGAGACCCAGGACUUGGGCCUGAGGAACUGCGGGCAGCCAUGGGCAAAGCAAAACAGUUGUGGGGUCCCCCCCGGCGAUUUCGUCCUGAGCAGAUCCUGCAGCUCGGUAGGCUCUUAAUAGGUCUAGGAGAUCGGGAACUACAGGAGCUGAUCCUAGUGGACUGGGGAGUGCUGAGCACCCUGGGGCAGAUAGAUGGCUGGAGCUCCACUCAGCUCCGCAUUGUGGUCUCCAGUUUCCUACGGCAGAGUGGUCGGCAUGUGAGCCACCUGGACUUCGUUCAUCUGACAGCGCUGGGUUAUACUCUCUGUGGACUGCGGCCAGAGGAGCUCCAGCACAUCAGCAGUUGGGAGUUUAGCCAAGCGGCUCUCUUCCUCGGCACCCUGCAUCUCCAGUGCUCUGAGGAACAACUGGAGGUUCUGGCCCACCUACUUGUACUGCCUGGUGGGUUUGGCCCAAUCAGUAACUGGGGGCCUGAGAUCUUCACUGAAAUUGGCACCAUAGCAGCUGGGAUCCCAGACCUGGCUCUUUCAGCACUGCUGCGGGGACAGAUCCAGGGUGUUACUCCUCUUGCCAUUUCUGUCAUCCCUCCUCCUAAAUUUGCUGUGGUGUUUAGUCCCAUCCAACUAUCUAGUCUCACCAGUGCUCAGGCUAUGGCUGUCACUCCUGAGCAAAUGGCCUUUCUGAGUCCUGAGCAGCGACGAGCAGUUGCAUGGGCCCAACAUGAGGGGAAGGAGAGCCCAGAACAGCAAGGUCGAAGUACAGCCUGGGGCCUCCAGGACUGGUCACGACCUUCCUGGUCCCUGGUAUUGACUAUCAGCUUCCUUGGCCACCUGCUAUGAGCCUGUCUCUACAGUAGAAGGAGAUUGUGGGGAGAGAAAUCUUAAGUCAUAAUGAAUAAAGUGCAAACAGAAGUGCA